AUGGCUACCAACAUCACCUGGCACCCCUCCCUCUCGCGCAAGGAGCGCGAGAGCUUCCGCAAGCAGAAGGGCUUCACUAUCUGGUUCACGGGCCUGUCGGCGUCGGGCAAGUCGACUGUCGCCACGGCUCUGGAGCAGCACCUGCUGCACCUGGGCCUGGCCGCCUACCGCCUGGACGGCGACAACGUGCGCUUCGGCCUGAACAAGGACCUGGGCUUCAGCGAGAAGGACCGCAACGAGAACAUCCGCCGCAUCGCAGAGGUCGCCAAGCUCUUCGCCGACAGCUCCACCGUCGCCCUGACCUCCUUCAUCAGCCCCUACCGGGCCGACCGCCAGGUCGCGCGUGAGCUGCACGCCGCCAGCGGCGCCCAGGGCGACGAGCCCCUCGCCUUCAUCGAGGUCUACGUCGACAUCCCCAUCGAGGUCGCCGAGCAGCGCGACCCCAAGGGCCUCUACAAGAAGGCCCGCGCCGGCGAGAUCAAGGACUUCACCGGCAUCUCUGCCCCCUACGAGGCCCCCCUUGAGCCCGAGAUCACCAUCCGCACCCACGAGAACAGCGUCGAGGAGUGCGUCGCGCAGAUCACAAAGUACCUGCAGGAGAAGGGUCUGAUCGGUGCUUCGGCUUAG